AUGCAACCGUCUAAAGCUCCCGGCUCGCCUUCUAACUUUACCCCUGCCACGCCCUUGGUAGCACAUUCACCACAGGUGCACGAACGUGGUCAGGACGGAGCAGGAGUGUUGCCUGGCAUGAUUCCCACGCCCUUCCUGGCCACAUACGAGGACACUCCCGCCAGUGCCCAUGGAGAGGACACCGUUCUUGGCGGCGAUGGGGGUGGGGACGACGUCGCUAGGCGGGCGAUGGAUCAAAUACGGCUGCUGUGGGCGCAGGUUCAGGCGAGUCGUGGGACUAAGAGUACAUCGGCUGCGGCACACGGGGGUGGGCCGAACAUCACCAUUGGGGAAGACCUGCAUGCCGCUCUCGCGGCAAUGGACGGAGCUGCGGCAAAUGAGUCGGGCAAAGGUGGCGGAGUUGUCAUGCCAGCCGCGGAACCCCAGCCCCAGGCGAGGAGGCCGGUCAGCAGGUUUGGAGAUGCACCCCAGCAGAGUGAGGUUCGGAGGGACGCGUGUGUGGCGACACAGGCACGAACACGACCCGCUUGUGCUGCCGAAGAGUUAGCGCCGGUUGCAGAGGCAUUUGCGCGUCCACACCGUGGAUUCGCAAUGAACCGACUGUCAGGAGCUGGGAGGCUGGCGAUCGUGGGGAACCACGUGGCUCCCCGGGUGGGCGGAGUUGGCGUGGGGACAGAGACGGGGAUGGCCGCGGGGAGCGCAGCGCCCGGCAUACAAGGAAGAGGGUUGAAGCGCGAGCGCCCGAAGAUGACGAUCGUGGUCGACUACAACCCAAACGAUGCCAGGCCUGAGUUGCAGCCGGGAAUGCCUCCGGCAGACAAGAUACACUUUUACGCCAAGAAGGCGAUGCAUCUGCUGUUGCGUUCUUGCGCCGCGCAUGGCGUAACGCACUGGCCGACUGACGAGGAGAGGAACGUGGCCCUUCUCGUGGUGCUCCGGUGCCACUACGACGUAUGUCAGCUAGACGUUGACUGCGCCAUGAACGACGGGGCGUACAGCAAGAUUGUCAACAAGAUCUGGUCGAAGUUCAGGAGUGACUCGUCGUCGAACGGACGCCGACGGAUCGUGGAUGGGCUGGAAAUCAAGGUAGCAGCCACUGGCAUCUACAAACUGGAGAUCGAUAUCGACACAAAGAAGGAUCUGCACCGGAAAUACGCGCCCAUUGAGUGUCGUGGGUGCAAGGGGGGAUCCCGGUGGAGGGCUCGCACGGCAGGGCCUAUGUAUGCUGGGCCGGCUUUAACCACCAACUUGCCUGCCGCAAUGUGUACAGAGAAGGAGCUUAUGCAGCUUGUGUCGACAUGGAGCUGCGAGAGAGGGGAUUUGCGGCCCUUUACCACCAAAGUCUUCUUUCAAGCAUGCAAGGCGGCCUACCCAGAGUGGGUGUUUGGAGGCAACCUGGUGCUGGUGCCAUACCACAUCGCAUGGGUCUUGUAUUCCUACAUUUUGGAGAUGGGGUCAGCGUGGUUUGCUCCAGGGUCGCAGGCAGCACCCGGCCAGGGUGGACCUGGGAUGGGCGGAGGGAUGGGCGGAGGGAUGGGCGGAGGGAUGGGCGGAGGGAUGGGGGGAGGGAUGGGCGGAGGGAUGGGGGGAGGGAUGGGCGGAGGGAUGGGCGGAGGGAUGGGGGGAGGGAUGGGCGGAGGGAUGGGGGGAGGGGGGAUGGGCGGAGGGAUGGGCGGAGGGAUGGGCGGAGGGAUGGGCGAAGGGAUGGGCGGAGGGAUGGGAGGAGGAAUGGGCUGA